CCUAUCAAUCAGCUUCAGGACCAGCACGAGACCUCGUUACAUUGCAGGCUGCAUGCUAGCCGCCCCCCCGGCCUCCUCGGUACGUACUUCAGCGGCAAUUUUCCUCAAAUUGUACAGCAAGCACGUUCAUCAACCUGGCAGCGCGGUCGAGCUCCACCUACCCAGAACCAAGUUACGGUGCCAAACGAAACACCGCCGGGUGCAACGACCGCUCCGGCAGGCUAGCGCUACGACAAAAUGGUGGUACCCGGCGACACAGACCACGAGGGAUGCGCGCACGAUGCCUUCGUCAACUUCGGCAGUCGGAUAGCGAAUAAUGCUUCCAUCGGCACCCCGCAGAGUACGCUGUGCCUAGCGGCUCUCCGCAUUUACCUUCUCAACGAACAAAGCCACCGCCUAACCGCCUCGAAACGGCUGGAGUCUUCCUUGAACCUCAGCGCAGCUUCCUUGCAGACGUGUCGGCUGUGCCGAGAGACGGCAUCGUUCCAACUCCGGGUUGACGACCGCACGCCCCGGGGCGUGUGGGAGCCUAGGGGAGAAAAGCCCGGUAGUUACACAAACCGACGAGAACCUCCGCCCGGUGCACGUCCACGCGCUCGUAAUGCUCGUCCGUCCGGUUCAAGGGCCUCAAGAACCCGGCGGACGGCUCCACCCUGCUCGAAGAGGUCGGCGAUGGGCACCACCGGUCGUGUGCCGUCGAUGAAAAUAUCCAAGGUAUCGUGGGAGACGUCUUCUCCGGCUGAGCUUUUUUUCACCCCGGACAAUGCGGGGGCACUCCAUUGGCUAAUCGAGGUUAGGUUUGGGGAGAGCGUCAGCGUCAGCGUGGGCGGCAUCGUCUGGCCGGCCAACCUCCGACGACUAGCAAUAAAACCGUCGUUUGAGAUUCGCGACAUGGCGUGGCCGGUUCGGCUCGAACAGCUGGCGCUUGAAGGGCGCUUCGACCAGCCGAUCAACGAAGUAGAGUGGCCAGAAUCGCUGCAAGAGCUAACCUUCGGCUACCAUUUCAACCACCCGAUCGAUAACAUCGGCGAGAAGGCGACAGGCCUUCGGGAGCUCACGCUGGGGUGGAAUUUCGAUCAGAGCCUGGUUGGAGUAACGUUGCCGAAGAGCCUUGAGGUCCUUACCAUUGCUGGGGUGUACAACCGACCCCUGGAUGGGGUGAAGUUGCCGUCACUGCUCAGGAGCCUGACUGUUGGAGGCCUCUUUGAUCUCCCGCUAGUCUCCGCCCGUCUUCCCGAACGGCUCGAGAGCCUCCGACUCGGAUGGGCGUUUAACCAGCCGCUGUUGGCUUCUUGGCCGCCGAACCUGAAGACCCUUGCUCUCGGCUACCGCUUCAACCAACCGGUGGAGAGCGUCAGGCUCCCGCCGAGUCUUGAAGAGUUCGAGCUCGGAGUGUUCUCUCGGCAGCCCCUGAAGGGGCUUGCGUGGCCGGCUUCACUCAAGACCCUCACGGUGGGUCGUGCGUUCGAUCUCACCGGGGUUGUUUUGCCGGGGGGUGCUCGCGUAUGCCGCAGUGGGCACACGGCGUAUCAGGUGCAGCGCGGGGCCAAGAGGUAGUUGCCCGAACCUGCUGUUUCGAAGUAUGCCCCAAGGGCCUCAAAUUUUGUACAUAUAAUUGAUUCUGCGUGGUGGGUUGUACGUCGUCUGGCUUCCAAUGGAAGCAGCGGAAGCGCGGCUGAGCCGUCGGCGUAUAUUCCUUCGAGAUACUGCUGUGCAUAUUAACUUAUCUCGUGCUUCUUGUGUAUGCCUUUUCCACCCACGCCAUGCGUGUAAACUCCCGACACUGCUGUGCUUGGAUCCAUUGUUUGGGCAGCAGCUGUGACGCAACGAUAGUUGGCUGUGGACCGCAGAGGGAAAGCUUGUCCUUACUGUCGAUAGAGGUGCCGAUUCCAAAAGUAUCCGCGUUACUUGCUACUUGCAUCAAGCGAAUUAUGUUUAUGGACAGUAAGUCUUCGAUGGCGAACGCUGCGCUCUCGCUGGUCCGAUCGACGGUUGGUUGCGGGCAUCGCUGCCUGUUCUUUUUUCCAGUUUGGUCGUGACCCGCAGUUCAUCGCGUUGUUGAUGGAUGUACCGAAGUUUAUUGAACGCUGGGAUAUAUUUUUCCUUAUGGUUGCCGUUGUCUCCAUUCGAGCGAUGAAUAUAUGCGUUCUUUUGUGGCGGGUAUAUUGAACUGGUCGACGUAGAAUGCACCCGCCGGGGGCUUCUACUCCAUUUUGAGUUGUUCGCAUUCGUACAUUUCCUUUUCCGAGAUGUAUUCUGGUUUGUGCCCUGACGGGGGACUUGGUUUUUGCACCCAAAACUCCGGAUAGAACGAUGUCAAGGUCCCGGGGAGCUACCUUUUUUGCUGCAAGAGGAA